AUGUGCUGGGACAUCGAGUACACGGACGAAUUCGAGGCGUGGUGGAACGGCCUGACGCUCCGCGAGCAGAGCGAUGCCGCCAAGGUGGUGGAUCUACUGGUGGCGCGCGGCACUGCGCUGGGGAGUCCCCAAUCGUCACAGGUCAAGAGUUCAAGGCACCCGCACAUGCGCGAGUUGCGCAUCCAAAGCGGCGGGCGCCCGAUCCGGAUCUUCUAUGCCUUCGACCCUCGCCGCACCGCGAUCCUGCUGAUUGGCGGACGCAAGCUGGAGCAGGAGCGGUUCUACCGGGAGUACGUGCGGCGGCCGAUGCGAUCUAUGAUCAGCACAUUCAGCAGCUCCGGCGCGAGGGGUUGCUGGAGCCGGAGAGAGGAUGGGAGCGAUGAAGCACCGGCCCUGGCAAGAGCUGUUCGAGCGACUGCCACCGAAGACCCAGGCUGA